AUGAGGGCUAAUUUUAGGUAUGGCUCAAAAUCGCCACCCGCCGCAAACAAGUUCUGCGUUGGCGCAAUCCUGGUCGACGAGGAUACCGGUCAAAUCCUCUCCAGCGGCUACUCUCUCGAAUACCCGCGCGACUACAAGGGCGACCGGGGCACGACGCACGCGGAGCAGUGCUGCCUAAUCAAGAUCUCUGACGAAUAUGGCCUGCCAGAGGAGAGGCUAGGCGAAGUACUCCCGCCAAACACCGUCCUUUACACGACAAUGGAACCUUGCAACGAUAGGCUCAGCGGCAAUAAGACGUGCGCGGCCCGUAUCGUUGGGUUAAAGGGCGCCAUCAAGAAGGUAUACGUGGGCAUUCGGGAGCCAUCGACAUUUAUCGCCAACAAUGACGGGCAGGAGAGAAUCGAGCAAGCGGGUGUCAAAGUGGUUCCUGACCUACGCCGUGAGAAGACCAACAGCCGGGCCUUCGAGGAGCGGCCAGACUCUACCGAGUACCUUCGUUUUGGUACAACCAAUCUCGAUCCCGCAGUGUUAAAACACCUGCCACCAAAAUGCAAGGUGGUGUCGACAGAAGCGCAUGGCCCCAUCGCAUGGGGCAAGUUUGAGUCCGUUGUGGACACCGCCUUCUUUCUAUGCGAGUUUCGCGAGAUGACAGACGACAUGCCUGAACCGGAAAAGUUUGCCGCCUCUCUUUCCAAGCUCCACCAGAAGAGUGUCUCGCCCAACGGCAAGUUUGGAUUCGAGGUGCCAACGUAUGCGGGAAAUCUGCCGCAGUACGUCUCUUGGGAGGACAGCUGGGAGGUCUUCUUUACCAAGAGCCUCAAGAACGCCCUGGAUCUCUUCAAAAGAACAAGCAUUCCGGGUGGAGAACCUCUUGUUUUUGAUGCCUGCUGCUUUUAUGCGCAUCACGAAUACGAGUUUGGGCAAUGGAUGCCAGCCUGCAACAGAUUCGACACAAACUAUAUCGAGAAAUACAAUUCAUUUGUUCCCGUCUCAGCUCCCGAAGUAGACUUCCAAGGACGUCUAAAUCUUUAUCGACUGAGGUUCGAUACACAUGUUGCCGCGUUAUUCCAUGAAAACGAGACGCUGAGACAGCAGGUUGUUGAUGUAAUGCGAAAGCUAGUCGACGAAUACGGAAAGGCAAACUAA